GUCACUUGAGGUAUAAAAGCUACUGCUUACUCAAUCCAGUUCAUUCACUCAAAGCUCGCGAGGAAACAAACACAAGCUCGAGGCACUUGAAAGCGGAGGCAUGUGCACUACAAAUCUGUUUCUCCUUUUAUCCCUAGGCUUCUUCCUGACUUGUGAAGGAGCUGACCCUUGUUGCUCGCAGCCAUGUCAGAACCGUGGUGUGUGUACAGCUCUCGGUCAAGACUCUUACGAAUGCGACUGCACCCGGACUGGAUAUUAUGGACAAAACUGCACUACCCCCGAGUUCUUCACAUGGCUAAAAGUGUCGCUGAAACCAACACCGAACACAGUGCACUACAUCCUCACACAUUUUCGAGCUUUCUGGAACAUCAUUAACAACAUUCCAGUUCUGCGGGACUCUGUCAUGCGUUAUGUCUUAACAUCACGAUCCCAUUUGAUCGAAAGUCCUCCAACCUUUAACGCUGACUACGGUUACAAGAGCUGGGAAGCCUAUUCCAACCUGUCCUAUUUCACACGAACUUUACCUCCUGUUCCGCACGAUUGCCCAACACCUAUGGGAGUUGCAGGUAAAAAAGAGCUACCUGAUGUGAGCGUGGUGGUGCAGAAGUUCUUGGUCAGGAGGAAGUUUAUCCCUGACCCACAGCGCACCAGUCUCAUGUUUGCCUUCUUUGCUCAGCACUUCACGCACCAGUUCUUCAAAACUGACAUGAAGCGAGGCCCAGCCUUCACUAAGGCCAAGAACCAUGGCGUUGAUCUGAGUCACAUUUAUGGGGAAGACCUGGAACGUCAACAUAAGCUUAGGCUAUUUAAGGAUGGCAAGCUUCAAUUUCAGGUCCUGGAUGGUGAGGUUUAUCCUCCUUCAGUCAGUGACGUCCAGGUGGACAUGCACUACCCACCUCAUGUUCCUGAGUCUCAUCGCUUUGCUGUAGGCCACGAAGCCUUUGGUCUGGUCCCAGGCCUCAUGAUGUAUGCUACCAUCUGGCUCCGGGAACACAAUCGGGUGUGCGACGUUCUUAAGCAGGAGCAUCCGUAUUGGGAUGAUGAAAGACUCUUUCAGACCGCAAGACUUAUCUUGAUUGGUGAGACCAUCAAGAUAGUAAUUGAGGAAUAUGUGCAGCACCUGAGUGGUUACCACUUGAAACUUAAAUUUGAUCCUGAGCUCCUCUUCAACCAGCGUUUCCAGUACCAGAACCGGAUCUCCUCCGAGUUUAAUACCCUUUACCACUGGCACCCACUUAUGCCAGAUGACUUCCACAUCGAGGGUGAAGUCUACAGCUAUAAGCAGUUCCUCUACAACACCUCAAUUGUGACAGACCAUGGAAUAAGCAACCUGGUGGAUUCGUUCUCCAAGCAGAUAGCCGGCAGGGUCGCAGGUGGUCACAACGUCCCACCUGCACUGGCAAUGGUGGCGAAGAAGUCGAUCGAGAACAGCAGAUUGAUGCGCUACCAGUCUUUCAAUGCUUACAGGAAACGCUUCAACAUGAAGCCCUAUACCUCCUUCGAAGAGCUGACAGGUGAAAAGAAGAUGGCAGCAGAGCUGGAGGAACUGUAUGGCGAUGUAGAUGCUAUGGAGCUCUACGCCGGCCUUCUGAUUGAAAAACCCCGGCCCAAUGCCAUUUUUUCCGAAACUAUGGUGGAGAUGGGUGCUCCUUACUCGCUGAAAGGCCUCAUGGGAAACCCCAUCUGCUCCCCUGAGUACUGGAAGCCCAGCACGUUUGGUGGCAAAGUUGGCUUCGAUAUCAUCAACACGGCCUCACUUCAGAAGCUGGUAUGCCGUAACGUCAAGGGCCCUUGUCCUGUUGCAUCUUUUCAUGUGCCCAAUGUAAAGGACUCGGUAUUGACGACGAUCAACGCGAGCGCGGCGCACUCGGGUACAAACGAUGUCAACCCAACCAUUCUGCUUAAAGAGCGGAGUUCCGAGCUCUGAAAAACACUACUGUGAUAGAUUUUUGGACUCUUACUAUUAGUUUUUAUUUAUUUAUUUAUUUAUGACGUAUUUAUUUUAUUUAUGUAUUUGAAAUGUUCUAUUUUUAUUGUAUAGAAAUGCUGUAAAUUCUUGUAAAUCUUUUUCUUUUUUGUGU